GCGGAGGCAGAGAAAAUCCGCGUUAAGAAGAAGCCGGCUGCUGACCUUCUAUGAAGGUUUCAUUGCUUUCAGUUUCAGUGAAAUUACGAUUCGUUAGAGUAUAAAUUACACUGCACUUUUAUUUUUAAAUUAAGCUGCUCUGUAAGGUAUAUCCGUCUAUACUGUUAAAAAUAGUUAACCGGUUCCUAGCAGUGAUAAGAAUAUUAGUAACAACAAAAUAGUAGUAGCAGUAAUAAUAGUAAUUAAGAAGAAGAAAAAGAAUACAAAAAAUGUAUAAUGUUUCUGGCAGAAUGAUACCAUACUGUGGUACUAUUUUGUAAGUAUAGUAGAUUUUUUAAUUUGAGUUUCUAUUUGUGUAAACCGAAGGCGUACAAUUAAACAUUUUUUUGCCUAAUUAAUGUAAUCAUUAUGAAAGAUUAUACGUCUUUUAAUUAUUCUAUAGUUUUGCCCUUGUCUUAUGGCAAGGCAAUCCAAAAAUAGCAUUGGGCUUUAAGUGUCGCACAAACUUUGAAGAACAAUUCUGGAAAGCAAAAUUAGGAAAUAGAAGAAAACCGUAUUGAGUUACUGCGUAGCGGUGCCAUCCCGAGCAGAUCGCACUGACCUGGGGACAGAAACAUCACGGCUGCUGCCAGAAUUGUGGCGCUUCUAGAGGCUGCGAUUCCGGGACAUCUGACAUUUAUCUUCCCUGGAGGGAUUUCCUCGCUUCCUUACCGCUUAACGUUGGGGAGGCACGGCCAGAUUUGACAAAGAACAUGCUACACAAUGGCAACGGGCAGGAGGAAAAGCCGGAGCCAGAGACUAAACCCGAAGAUGAAACAGAGAAGGAUCCGACCCGGAGUAGCGCGUCCAGCCCGGACGGCGGCGGCCAGACGGAGCUCUCAAGCUUGGUGCCCGUUUAUCCUAAACUGGAAAUAAAGCGCAAUUCAAUGACGGACGAUUUCAAGAUUUCCAGCCAGGUCUUAGGGCUGGGAAUCAACGGGAGAGUGCUGGAGUGCCGCAACAAGAAGACAGGAGAAAAGUGCGCUUUAAAGGUCCUCUACGACACUCCUAAGUCCCGGCGGGAGGUGGAGCUGCACUGGCGGGCAUCAUGGGGGCCCCACGUCGUGCGGAUCCUCACCCUCUAUGAGAACGUGUACCGUGGGAAGAAGUGUCUGCUCAUUAUCAUGGAGUGCAUGGAAGGCGGAGAGCUCUUUAGCCAGAUUCAGGCACGAGGAGACCAAGCCUUCACUGAGAGAGAGGCCUCGAAUAUCAUGCGCGACAUCGGGACGGCCAUCGAGUACCUGCACCGCAUGAACGUCGCGCACAGGGACGUCAAGCCCGAGAACCUGCUGUACACUACCAAGGAAACCAAUCGUGUCUUGAAAUUGACCGACUUUGGCUUUGCCAAGGAGACCACGCUGCAGAACUCUCUGCUAACUCCCUGCUACACUCCCUAUUACGUUGCCCCUGAAGUGCUCGGUCCGGAGAAGUAUGACAAGUCAUGUGACAUGUGGUCUCUUGGUGUCAUCAUGUACAUCCUGCUGUGUGGAUUCCCCCCCUUCUAUUCCAACACGGGACAGGCCAUCUCCCCUGGGAUGAAGCGGCGCAUUCGGAUGGGCCAAUACGAGUUUCCCAACCCGGAGUGGGACGAUGUAUCUGAAGAAGCCAAGCAGCUGAUCCGCCAGCUACUGAAGACUGACCCCAGUGAGAGGAUGACCAUCUCUCAAUUCAUGAACCACCCCUGGAUCAAUCAGUCAAUGGCGGUUCCCCCAACACCUCUGCACACCACACGAGUCCUGAUGGAAGACAGGGAGAUGUGGGAUGACGUAAAGGAUGAGAUGACCAGUGCACUGGCCACCAUGCGCGUGGACUAUGACCAGGUGAAGAUCAAGGACCUGGACACCUCUAGCAAUCCUCUGCUAAACAAGAGACGCAAGAGGGCAGGCACUUCAAAAGGCGGAGGGGGAGGGGGAGGAGCCAGCAGCUUGUGCAAUAGCCAAUGAGACACUUGGGGCAUGGGAAGGGGGUGUGCCCUUGAAUGGUACCAAUGGAAAAUGAUGUAAUGCAAUGGUUGUACUAAAACGAAGUCUUGAUGUCUGACAAGUUAAAUCUUUAUUUCAUCACUAAAGCAGCAUUGCCUCCGUGUGUGUGAACGAGCUUUAGUGUGAGUAUGCUGAUGUAUCCGGCCACUUUCUACUUUGUGGAGGAAAAUCCACAUCACACGACAUGGGUCAGUCCCCCCCGAAUGCCUUUCUUAACUACUGCCACCUACUGGCCUGGCAAUCGCACUGCAGCCCCCGACGUGUGGCUCCCACUUCACCCAUCUGCUCUUUGCAGCUGGGAAGCUCAUUGCAGCUGACCGGAGGGAACCUCAUGGACUUUAGUGGCAAUAAGACCUUUCACCAGCACCCCCGGGGCUCAAGACCAGACCAUUUAUUGUUGUUGCUGUUACCUAGUUCUACUUUUCAGCUAUUAAAACUAUAUCUUUUCUGAA